AUGUCACGCCAUGAGAGGCAUGAGUCUCUACAUCGACAUCAUUACCUGAGUCCAAUAUUGCUCCUGGAGCACUGUGGUAGCGAGAUAGAUCCAGAUAAGUUGUACCAAGACGACAAGCAAGAGUGCGCAUCGCUUAUCUUGCACUUUAAUCGUGCAGGGUGGUUACAUGGGUCAUUAGCAGUACAGAACAUCAUGUGGCAGCAGGGCAAGCCAACAGAAUGGCCAAUCGAGCGUCUGCACUCUGUCAAGAGCUUCCGCCUCAUAGACAUUGGUAGAUUGGUGAAAGUCAAUAACAGGACUGAAUUGAUGGCGGAGGAUGAAAUAGCUUUGCGGUUAUUCUACUUGCUGCAUCACGCACAUAAGAAAAAACAAACUGAAAAGAAAUAG